CUCGAGAGUCUUGUCCCUCCCGCUGGUGCCCUUCUCUUCCUGCUGGCCAGGCACCCUUGCUACCUACGCUUCGCUUGUUCUCUCUGGGCUGUCCCGGGAGUCUUGGAAUCCUCCUCGGAAGCGCACCACCAUGCCGCCUCGACGGUGUAUCAACAAGAAGGGGCGACUGCAGGAGGCAGAGGCGGCCUCAAAAAGCAUUAAGACCAUUUACGACGACGGCCACGCGGCAGAUCACCUUGACGAAGAGGAAGACUUUGGCAGCACCUGCCCGAUUGUGGAAGAGCCCUCGACGCGUGAGGCGCAGACGGAGUAUGUUGAACGAAUCAUCGAAGAGGUCGAAGCGAAAGCCAGGGAGUGGUGCGAUGCAAUCAUGGACGAAAACGCGUCCAACAUCCGGAUGCAGAAGCGAACGCGCGACCGAGUGAAGAACAAGAUCAACCGCAAGUUCCGUCAUAUGAAGCUGUCGGACCUGUGCCACAUGUCCGGGAACGACUACAACGCGGCGCUGCUGAUGGCGGUGCCCCCGGAGGAGCGCGCGGUCUUGCUGGCGGAGGUCGGGGAGGACACGGAUGAGGAGGAGAACGACGAGGAGAACAUGCCCACCGCGGUGAAGGGGCGGAACCCGCCACGGAUGGUUCCAGCCACGCCGAAGGGCGGCGGAAGACCUGCCGGAUCACGCGUAACGCGCUCCGCCGUCAAGGGGGCUCGCACCUCGUCUCGGUUGUCGGUACCGGCGGAACCGCUGCCGGUCGAAGUAGGAGCGGUGGCGCAGACGCCAACGGGCCGCGCUAGGGGGGCCGGGGGGCGUGCUAUGCGGUCCGCCGUCAAGGGGGGCGAGGCGCCUGGGCGUGACGUCUGUCCGCUGUCGACUUCGAUCGAGAAUGCUCCCAAGCUUUCGGAGAGCGUCAUCACAGAGCUUCACAAACGUUUCGGCCCUGGCUGCACGGUAUGGCAAUGCCUGGACAUCGUCUUCCAGCCCAAGAUCGAGGGGUACACUCGCCACGCGGAAGCCGUGUGCGCUGAGCUGCGGCAGAACAUCGCCGAGAGGAGCAGACAGCUUCGCGCCAGGAUCCCGCCUAUUCCCGCCGACCCGCCUAAAAAGAAGAAGGCGAAGAAGAAGGCCACGACUGCGAAGCCGAGGGCCAAGCCAAGGGCUAGGAGGGGUGCCGCUGCUGGCGAGGAUGUCGGGAUUUCGUCCCCUGUAGCGGAGGUUGUCAAGGAGGAGGAGGAGGAGGAGGUGGCUCUUUCGAUCAGCGGAGGACCGUAUGACGGUUCGGUGUUCGAGAUCACCGUGGAAGAGGACGGGGAUGCGCGGCUAGUAGGACGCUCUACUGGGAAGAAGGCACGUAAAUAA